AAAUGAAAGCGAAAGAUGGAGAAGUCCUCGGCUCUGGGGGCCGCAGGAGGGCUGGGAGGAGACUGAACAAGGGAGGAUUUUAGCAACCACGGCAGCAGCCAGCCGUGGUACAGGGCCUAAGACCCAAGACCCCACUUUCAUUUCUCCUAAACGCCAUGUGACCCAGCAGCCGGUGAAAGGGGAAGCCCAGGGUUUCUCAAGAAGCAGCAAGAAGCACAAAAACUAAACGGGAGGGACCCAGAGAGAACCCAGGGACAGGGCCACAGUGCCGGGGUCAGUGUGCAGACCAAGUGUCCUGCAGAGAGGGGACAGCAGGUAAGCCCAGCAGGAGGGAGCUGGCAAGAAGUGGAGGAGGAAGGGUCCUAGGGUGACAGAAAAGGAGGUGAAGGCAGAGAGAGGUCAGGGCCAGAGCCAGGCAGAAGGCCGAGAGGCAGGGUAGGUGGGAGGGGCCGGAGGGGCAGAGUGAGAGGGGACAGAGGACAGAGGACAGAGGGACAGGGAGGGCCUUGUCAGACCUCAAGGACAGGGGUGGGGGCAGGGGAGGCCAGGAGAAAACAGAGUAGGGCCAGGGAGAUCAGGAGAGGCCAGAGCAGGGCUGGGGAGGCCAGGGGAAGACAGAGCAGGGCCCAGGAAGGUGGGAGGUCAGGGGAGGUCCAAGCAGGUCCAGAGAGGCCAGGAGAGGACACAGGAGUGCCAGAGAAGUCCUAGAGACACCCAGGAAGACGGGGGAGGACAGGGGAAGACAGAGGAGGGCUGGGAAGGUGAAGGGAGGCCCAGGAGGACUGGCACCCCGGGGUGCCCAGAAAAGGCCGGGAGAGCUUAGGAGGCUGCUGGGCCGCAAUGCCACAGCCAGAGGAGCGACGGCCGCUAGUGGCCCACGCAUGCACAUGGCAGCGGCGCGCAGCGUGCACAGCAGUGCUGGCGGUGCAGGGCCUGGAGCGCGCUGCCUUCCUCGGUGUGGCGGCCACGCUGGUGCUGCGCCUGGGCGGCCUGGGCUGGGCGGACGCGCAGGCCUCGCUGGCCGCGCUGCUGUUCCUCGGUGCCUCCUUCAUGCUGGCGCCGCUGGGCUGCUGGGCGGCCGACGCCUACCUGGGCCGGCGCCGCGCGCUGGUGCUUAGUCUUGGCCUCUACCUGCCGGGCCUGGGGCUGCUGCUGGCCUCGGCCAGCGAGGAUGCCCGCGUGGUGCUGUGCGGGGACCUGCGUGCUGCCCCGCUGAGCCCCGCACCCGCCCACACACCUCCACCCGGCCCCUACUGCGCGGCCCCACUGUACGGCGCGCUCCUGCUACUCGCACUCGCUGCCAGCUCUGCGCGCGGAAACCUCGCAGCCUUCGGGGCGGACCAGGUGAUGGACCUGGGCCGCGACGCCACCCGUCGCUUCUUCAACUGGUUCUACUGGAGCCUCAAUGUGGGAGCUGUGUUCGCACUGCUGGUCGUGGCCUUUGUGCAGCAGAAUAUCGACUUCCUGCUGGGCUACAGCCUCCCACUGGGCUGCGCAUUCCUGGCCUUCUUUGUCUUCCUCUUCACCACCCCAGCCUUCAUCUCCAAACCCGCCCUGGGCAGCCAGGUGUCCGCCAUGCUCAAGCUUGCACUCCGAGGCUGCUGCCCCUGCUGGCGACAGCACACUGCCAGAGAUCCCCAACGUGCCCACCUGCUGCCUGAUCAAAGGGUCCUCCAGCCUGGUCCCUCCCCACAGGAGGAUGUCGCCAACUUCCAGGUUCUGGUGAAGAUCCUGCCCGUCAUGGUGACCCUGGUGCCCUACUGGAUGGUGUACUUCCAGAUGCAGUCCACCUACGUCCUGCAGGGCCUGCACCUGCACAUCCCCAGGAUCUUCCCCAACAGCCCCACCAACAUGUCUGCGGCCCUGAGCACCACGGCCUUGAGCGAUUACACAAUUCCGGAAGCCUGGCUCCUGCUGGCCAAUGUGGUGACCGUGCUCCUCCUGGUCCCCCUGAAGGACCACCUCCUGGACCCCCUGCUGCUGCGCUGCCGGCUGCUCCCCUCAGCACUGCAGAAGAUGGCUUUGGGCAUGUUCUUUGGCUUUGCCUCUGUCAUCAUCGCAGGGGUCCUGGAGAUGGAACGCUUGCGAUAUGUCCACCGCAAUGAGACUGUGCCCCAGGUGAUCGGAAACAGCAUCUACUGGGCCGCACCGCUGUCCAUCUGGUGGCAGAUCCCCCAAUACCUGCUCAUUGGCGUCAGCGAGAUUCUCGCCAGCAUCCCAGGCCUGGAGUUUGCAUACGGGGCGGCACCACGUACCAUGCAGAGCACCAUCCUGGGCAUCUUCUUCUGUCUGUCAGGCAUGGGCUCAUUGCUGGGCUCCAGCCUGGUAGCUCUGCUGUCCCUACCAGGAGGCUGGAUGUACUGCCCCACGGACCUCGGGACUGGCAGCACCUGCCGCAUGGACCGCUACUUCUUCCUGCUGGCUGGUGUCCAGGCUGCUGCAGCUGUCCUAUUCACCUGGACCGCACGGCACUAUGAGAGGACACGGCGGGUCUUGGCCCGCCAGCAUGGUCCACCCACACCCAGGCUGCCUGUGCCCCCACACCCCCCGAACCACCGUAACCCAGACACAGACAGCAGCAGGGCCGCACCACAUGGCACAUCCUCAGUUUAUUCCAGACCCAACGUGGAAGACGUUGGUUCCCAUAAAUAAGAGCCCUGCCUAGACCUCAGUCCAUGCAAGGGUGGGGGCAGGGGACCAGGCAGGAAUGCAGGUCAGUGAGCACCAGAGGGUGAGCAGGGACAGGCAGGAGUCCCUGGGUCCCGCUGGCUGGUACGUCAGGAGCUGCCCCGGAUGCGCUCCAUGUAGUUGCGGAGCUCCUCGGGGUCCUUCAGCCCCAUGUCCUCACACACCCAGCGGAUGUCUUCCUCGCCUGCCACCAGGAUGGACUGCACAGCAACGGGCUCCUCAGGCAGCUGGGCUGGGGGCACUGGUGAGAAUGUCACAAACUCCACACGCUUACGCCGUCCCCCAGCUUCCUUGCGGGUCAGGGUGCUAGUAGGGCCGGGGGUGUUCCCAGGCAGCCCAGGGACGGGGACAGGGACUGGGGUCUGGGCCUCUCCUCCCACCCCGCUUCCACAGGGGCAGCUGCCCUCCCUGCUGGGCAGCUCGGGGGCCCCGCGGUCCAGCUGGCGGCUCAGCUCUUCCUGGUCAGUGCCCAGCCACACCCAGUUGUGGGGCUGCGGGGAAGCAGGGUCGGCUGCACUGUCUGGGGGCUCCUUGCGCUGGUAGCGCAGCACAAAAACCACGCCAUUGACUAGGAAGAUGAGGAUGGCCAGGCAGAAGAUGCCCAGCAGUGCGUACAUGCCCAGCUCUAGGUCUGUGAUGCGCUGCAGGGCUGGCACCAUUUCCUCCUCUUCUUCCUGCUCCUCCUCUUCCUCCUCCUUGGCCGCUGUGUCCUCUUCUGCCUGCUCGAACUUGCCCCUCACACCCACGCCACCUGCUGCCUGCCGCUUGCCCCCAAUGCUAGCCUCAGUGGCUGGUGGGCUCCAGGCCGGGCUCGACGGGAGGGCACGUGCGGGCGUGGGUGUGGGGGGCAGACCCAGCCAGGCAGUGCCAGAGGCCAGGGGCACUCGGUGGCGGCCACGGCGGCAGGGCUCAGGCGGAUGCAGGGCCACAUGCAGGGGCAGUGCCUCAGCACCCACCCCGCUCACCAGUACCCCAAGCCAUGCGCCCUGCUCUGUGGUGGGCAGGACAGCACUGGGUUCCUCGGCUGAGACGGACAACCCCAGGUCUCGGCGGUCAUAGAGCUCAGCAGGGGCCUCAGUGUGGUCAGAGAAGGACAGCCACAGGGAAAGGGCCACUUCCUGCGGGACACACGAACACAGGCAGACACGCGAGGGCACGCACGCAUGCAUGGGAGGCCACUCCCACAUAAACAGGCCACAUGGACGCAGUAGAGAGUAGAGAAGGAACACACAGGCAAGGACAGGACACGGGGAGAGAGGGGACACAUGUCAAUCACCUGUUGGCCACAGCCCCAGGGCUGUCUGGGGGGUCCUCAGUGAGAUCACCUAAGCCACCCCACCCCAGCACACUGCAGCUGGCCGUGCAGUCCCCUCUGGACACAGCUACCUCCUGGGAAGCUGGUGCUCAUUCUGAAAGCCUUUGGGAGGGCCCAGGUACCAGGGUCCCGCUUCCCACUCUGCUCUCCCACGGCCAGGGUGGACCUCACAGCCCUAGCCCACAGCCAUCACCUGCUUCUGGCCAGGAACAGCUGACUGUGCCCAGCAGGUGGCCGUGACCUCGCCAGGGUGGGCAGUGCCCCGGCUCAAGGCCAGCGAGAUGCCCAUCACAGGCUGCACCCGCAACUCCAGCACAGACACCUUGUCGUCAGUCACAGCUAGCGCCUGCUCCCCAAGGAUGGCGCCAGACAGCGGGGACCGCACCUGGGGGGAUGGAGGAGAUGGGCGCUACUCCCUCACCUCCAGCGCUACCCGUGCCCAUUCACACCUGGGCCCAGCCCUCCAUAGACAGCCCGGCAUACCCAGAGGACCUGUCUGGGGACCUAUGCACCUGAAGCCACAACAGGCCCCUGAACCCUGCCCACGAGCAAUGGUUCCACCUGCACCUUUACACUUGCCACUCAUGCACGCUGGUGCGGCCCGUCCUCCAACCCUGCUCACCUCGAUGGCAGUGACACCGGGUUCCCGGCCCACGAGCACAGGGCCACCUUCCAGCGAGGCCACGCGCGGGUCCUGUACAUGGGCAUGCGGCAACACCAGGUCGGUCACGUCCAGCAGCCAGUCCGGGCCCAGCAGGUGCUCAAGGUGCCUGCCGUCCUGCGUGUGCGCCGCGAAGGGCGCGAGGACACGCACACUUGCUCGCUGAUAGAGUAGCCGGCAGCUCCGGGAGCGCGGCUCGGCCUCCUCGACAGCCGGAUUGGGCUCCAGCGCGCUGCGGGGGCGGGGCGUCAGUGGGCCACGCCUCUGAAGCCUUUAAUGAGGCCGCGACAGCUACUGGUGGGCGUGGCCACCCAGCCCUCAAGGACCAGCCCAGAGGACCAGGAAGGGGGCUUGGGCCCAGCCUUGUGGAGCCCAGCUUUGUGCCUGCUUAGACUCUGGGGCUGAUGCUCUGGUCAGGAAGGAAGAAGGAGGAGAGGAGAGGGGAGGGAGGUCGAGGCACCGCAACCCAGCCCACGGCACUCACCCAUCGGUGGGGCCCGGGACCCUCCAGCCCCGGACCUGCUCAAGGGUGGCAUCGCUCAGCUCGAUCCGCAGGGGCAACAGCGGGGCCCACACUGUCAGCAGCAGUGAGGCGCGCAGCCGGCGCCACCAGAAAUCCACCCGCACCCCCUUGGCACCCCGGCUCUCGGUGCCAGCCACAAACACUGUGUCACAGGCCUCGGACACCUGGGGGCAGCAACAGGCCCGAAGGACAGGAGAGAACAAGCUUGUCUUGACCCUGACCACAGCAGGGUGCCACCAGACCUGAGCCUGCUGGGGAGCCUGUUCUAGAGGGCCCAGGUUGCUGGGUAGCCUAGAUCAUCCUGUAGGGCUGGCUGGGAUCUGCAGCUCACUGCCACCUCCCGACAGGGACUGGGCCAGAAAGCCACCUGUGCUGUGACUUUACAAGACUCUAAUACUAAUAAUUAUUGCACAGGCCCUACAGUGUAACAGAGUUGUUGCUUGGCCCUUGGUAUCAGCUGGGCAUAGUCUAGGUGCUUUUAAUUCUCAUAGCCCAAAGGUACUGCCACAGUAAACUUGAGGAAACUGAGACUCAUGGAAGUUGAGACCUGCCCGCUGUCACAUAGCCACUUGGUAACAGAGAGUGCAAGCCCAGAAUGGUGGCCCACACCUGUCAUCCCAAUACACGGGGAGGCUGAGGCAGAAGGACAAGCUCAAGCCCAGCCCCGGCAACUUUAGUGACUUGGCAAGACUGUAUCUCAAAAUAAAAAUAAGACAAAGACUUA